AUGGGUGUUCUCUAUCCAUCUUCUCACGUAUCUGGGUCUUACAUCGAUUUGAUACCAGCCUCGACGCCGAGAAUGUUCACCUCAGUGCUUGAAAAAGUGCGCCUCGGCGAUGGAAUUCGUGGUGCCAUCACAGAGUCUGUACGCUUCGUCUUGAUCUUGAGCAUUCCCUUCCUUCUUACCUAUCUCUUCACCUACAUCCGCUUUCUCUGGCAGACCCGAUCUUGCAGGAGGUCAGAAGCCAGGCGGCCUGCUGUACCUCCCCACUUCAUCCCAGGACUUGGCCAUGCCUACUCGAUCCUAUUCAAUGCCGAGAAAUUUCUCCGCCCUCUACAGUCCAGACUGCAGGGCUCCGUCUUGUCUCUCUCCGCACCUGCAAGUUCACUUUGCUACGUCCUUCCCGGUGAAGGCGUACGAUUGUUGUUCAAGGGACCUCGUGAGCUCGUACCAGUGCCUGGUAUCUUCGACGCCUUGACGAUCUUCUUUGGCUUGGAAGCUGCCGACUACCAUGUGUUCAAACACGACCACAUCUCAGCGUUCGAGAAGCAUAAGGGCGCAGGACUUUCAACCUCCCACCCAGACGCAUCCCGACGAAUCAUGGAACAUCAACGCAAAGAUUUCAUUACUUUUUUAAACGGAGAAAAUCUUCGGCUGGUAAUGGACAGAUUCUCUUCCAACUUCGCGCAGCAACUAUGGCCACAGAAUGCUUCCCUUGAGAAGAAAGGUCCCGUCCUCCUUCCUGAUCUAUACAAAUUCGUACGCGACGCAAUCUUUCAUGCUGAAGUCGAGGCGCUCUACGGGAGGCACAUCUUUAAGCUUUACCCUUCCUUUUGUAAAGACUUUUGGGCCUUUUACGACGCCUUCCCCGUUGUAUCCCGAGGGAGCCCUCGCUGGAUGUAUCCCUCGCAGUACCGCUCGCGCGACCGGAUGCUCGAGAACCUCAGCGCUUGGAGGGGCUGGUGCAAUUCCAACAGUGACCAUGCCGAUGCGGAGCUGGGCAACGCCGAGUCCGAUCCUGUCUGGGGCACCCGCUAUGUGAGGAACAUGGUCCGGCGAUAUGAGGAUCUCGGGUUCUCCGAUGCCGGGACGUCGAGUGUUAUACUUGGCUUUUUGUUUGUCACAACGGCAAACACCAUUCCAGCCGCCUGCUGGGUGAUUCUCCACACACUUCUCGAUCAAUCACUUGCAGCAAGACUACGACGUGAACUGGGUAUCCGAGACAAGGGUGAAGCAACACCAGUGGACUGCACGGCGCUAUCAUCGGCUCCGCUCCUGAACUCAGUCUACCGAGAGACGUUGCGACUCCAUGUCGCCGGGGCUAUCGGCCGCAAGUCGGUGGGUGCCGGCCUCCGUCUGCACGGUGAUUCCUUCUCCGCUUUACCAUCGGGCACGACCGCCCUAUCAGCCAACUGGCUCGGCGGUCUCGACGGGUCCAUCUGGAACACGGGCCGGACCAUCAACGGGGUCACGGAACACUCCCUCGAGUCCUUUUGGGCGGAGCGGUUCCUCGAAUACCCCGACGAUCCAUCCAGCGGUCCGCUUCGAGGAGCGAGUCAUAGUCAUGGGGUUGCGGCGAAGCAUGUCCGCGAUGAUUCGAAAGCCAAGCUGUCGAAUCCGUCGGCGCUGCGAGGGCACUUUUUCCCCUUUGGUGGAGGCGCGUGGAGGUGCCCGGGCGAGACGUUGGCGAAGAAUACGAUUCUGGCCUCCGUCUUUCUCCUGUUGAGGGACCUUGACGUGGAGAUUUUGGAUCCGGCGGGUGCGGCUGAAGCUCGUUCUCGUCACAGAGCUAUGCCAUUUGGAUCGCAUGCCUUUGAUAGAGAGGUACCAGUAAGAAUUCGGAAGCGAUGGUGA